AAUUUAUAAGAUACAAUCCGCGCGAAGCGCGGAAAAAAUCUCUAGUGGUAAUUAAUAGCAACCUUAGAGGCAAAGCUAGAACGUGGUUUCGUUAUUUAUUGUACAAGUCAUCUAAUUUUAACCAUAUGGACCACACAUGAGUGAUAUUGGGAGUUCGUUUUUAAGGCAAUAUCUCGAAGAGAUAUUUUUUCAUUCAUAUUUAAAUUUUCGCUUAACACUUUCUUUUUGUGUCAUUUAAUGUUCACUGCAUCAUCAUAUACUCAACUUGUUGUUUUAUUAGCCUUCGGCUUUAUGCUUUUAGGUUGGAUCCAACAUAGGCCACCAACCGGUUUAACAGUAUUAAAUCAUUAAACCUUUCAAGAAAGUGAAAUUAACUUAUUGCUUAGUUUUGCACCAACCCCGCCACAUGAUCUUAAACCUUUCUUGUCAAUCGAAUUCAUAUUUUAGUUGACGAAACGUACGUCAACAACCCAUUUAGCAGUCCCCUCAAACUUUUAAAAUUCUUUCAUUUUAUCCAAAUAAAUUAUCUUCACUAACUCAAGUGAAUAACUUCUAUAUAAAUGGGGGUGUAAGCGAUCUUCAAUUUACACAACUCACUAGUCGUCUCUAGCUAACCAUGGCAUCUCUUGUAGAGAAACAACUCCUUAAGUCCCUCUUCUCAUUCUUCUUAUUAGUCCUACUCUUUUCCGAUACUGUUUUUUCGUCCCGAAAAACAUUUGAUCAGAGAAAACCUUGCAAACACUUUUCCUUCUACUUUCAUGACAUCCUCUACGAUGGUGACAAUGUAGCAAACGCAACCUCAGCCGCUAUAGUGAGCCCGCCAGGAUUAGGAAACUUCAAGUUCGGUAAGUUUGUGAUCUUUGAUGGCCCCAUAACAAUGGACAAGAACUAUCUCUCAGAACCUCUAGCUCGCGCACAAGGCUUCUAUUUCUAUGACAUGAAGAUGGACUUCAAUGCGUGGUUUUGCUACACCUUGGUGUUUAACUCGACGCAACACAAAGGGACAUUGAACAUAAUGGGUGCGGAUUUGAUGAUGGAGCCGACAAGAGAUCUAUCGGUCGUGGGUGGGACGGGUGAUUUCUUCAUGGCUCGUGGGAUCGCUACCUUCGUGACGGAUAUAUUUCAAGGGGCUAAGUAUUUCCGUGUUAAGAUGGAUGUUAAACUCUAUGAAUGUUAGUAACUAACUGCAUGUGUUUGAUUCUUAAAGCUUGUGUGUUGACGCACAGAUAAAAUGUAUUACUAAAAAUAAGUGUUUUUGUUCUGUUUUAUUUUAUAGUUUUUCUGUGUGUUUUCGUUUAUGAUUUAUAAUUCUUGAUGUUCUUGUCAGAAGACGUAAUGAAAAGAAUGUUUCAGUA